AUGGACGAAAUUUUAGCUAAAGCGAGCAACCAGGCCGUAUCCUUUGCUAUUAGGUCUGGUAUUACCCUUGCAUCUGGUUAUGCCAUCAAAACCGUGUCGAAGCUUAUGGAUAAGAUGCCCGCAGCAGAAAGAGAUCCCUUGUUUUACUCGAAAGCAAAAUUGGACACAAAGCUACGCAGCGUUACUGAAAUUAUAUCCUUGAUAAAACUAGAUAACGACUCGAGAAAUUCAAUUUUGGAACCCACAGUGGAACUAAUUCAGAGUCUUGAAAAAGAAAUAAAUGACUUCAACAGUCGGAUGCGGGCUGUUGUGGAAGAGACGACUAAAGUGGCAUCCAAGGAUUCCAUUAAUAUUAUUAAGAAGGAGCUUGCGUGCCUUCAUUCGUCAUUGAACGAGAUCGUACCAUUCCUCAGUCUAGCAUUGAACGCCACAAGCUUGUGUGCCAAUACCUUCAGAGGAUUAACAUCUAUUUCCAACCUCAUGAUUGCCUCGAGUCAAAUACUUAGCCCGCGAGCAGGAACCGCGAGAUAUGUGGGACCAAAAUUCGAUCUUAAAUUCUUCUCCGUUUUUUAUAAUGCAAGCGUUCUCAAGUCUCUUGAUACCAAAUCGAAUGCACUUACUUGGAAAGAAGAGUUCGCCAGAUGCGAAGUGCAGUUGGUGGAGAGGAAACGUGAUACUGGAGAAUUCUACUUCACGCUUGAUGUAACAGAGAGUUUUGACGACAAUCGAUACCAUGACGAGGAGCCUCCCCAGUCGAGGCAAUUCGAUAUUCACGACGUGGUCCGCCAAUUUUUCACGGUCAGCGGAAAGAUUCUCAAGCUCGAGACAUCUGAUUCGCCGGUAUUGGUGAUGAAAGUCAAAAAGCAUUCAGAAGGGUUCGAUUACAUCGCUUUUUCGGAAUACAAAAAGGGUCUAGAUGAUUCUGACUCCGAGAGUAAUUGCUCAAGUGACAAUGAAACCUCGGAAGACAAACGUUUAGGAGGCGAAGUCUCGAGAAGGAAUGACCUAACGAAGCAGCCUAAUCAACUGACUUCACAGAUGCGCCCAAAUACGUUAGCAACAUUUCAUUAUCUUAUAAUGAUGGCCUCCAUUGAGCAAGCUGAACAAUGCCAAAUCUGUGAAGUGAAAGAUGAAAAGCUUUUGAAGUUCCUCUCAAGUGGUGGGCUCUAUUCAUCAGGACUCUCAUCGCGCAACGAGAGAGCGGCAGUGAGCAAUCAGGAUUUAGACUUGGAGUCAAACACAAUGCGUCUCAAUAAACUUAGUCUACAAGACUAA